UGGAACUCCGCACGCCGCGCGUUCGUCUUGCCAUGAGUCCUGCUCCGCUCCCACUGCUGUAGGGGAGAGAGAUGCAAAGGUGUGCCAUCUCCCCUGAUUAAUCAAUUCAACUCCCCUCGUACCUCACUAGCAUCUAAUCAUGAAUUUGCUCUGGUCCCGGAUGUUCCAUUUCACAAAUCGAAGUCAAAAUGUUAUUACAAAGGGAGGAAGAAGGCCUGUUCAUCUCGCAAUAGCCAAUUUAUCCACCCUUCAAAUCUCCAAUGACAACGAGAGCAAAGUACGAGAAAUCUCAAACAUUCUCAAACACAACAACUGGGAAUUCCUCAUCAAAUCGACAGACAUACCGAAGAAGCUAAACCCUGAAGUGGUUCGAUCCGUUCUUCUCCAAAACGAGGUCUGUGAUCCUGUACGCCUUCUGGGUUUCUUUAACUGGUCCUGUACCCAAAUGGGUGUUCCUCAAAAUUUGCAUUCUUUUUCAAUUCUUGCUAUAAGGCUUUGUAAUUCCAACCUGUCUGGUCAUGCGAAUGGAGUUCUAGAGCGAAUGAUUGAAAAAUGUUGGCCGAAAUUGGCAAUUUUGGAUUCCGUUGCUAGUUGUUUUAGGGGCUAUGAAGGAUCUAAUCCUGUAGUUUUUGAAAUGUUGAUUGAUGGGUAUAAAAAGAUGGGUCUUUUGAAUGAGGCUGCUGAGGUAGUUUUAGCUUCUAAAAAUGGUGAAUUUUUGCCUUCUUUACUAUGCUGCAAUUCUCUGUUGAAGGAUUUGUUAAAAAUUAAUAAUAUGGAGUUGUUUUGGAAGGUUUAUGAUGGAAUGUUGAGGUCUAAGAUAGUUCCUGAUGUUUACACUUACAGUAGUUUGAUAAAUGCUCAUUGUAAGGUUGGGAAUCUUGAGAAGGGCAAGAGGCUUCUUUUUGAAAUGGAGGAGAAGGGUUGUAGUCCUAAUUUGGUGACAUAUAAUGUACUAAUUGGAGGGUUUUGUAGAGCUGGGGCCCUUAAUGAAGCCUUUGAAGUAAAGAAGUUAAUGAAAGGUAAGGGACUCGUCCCGGAUAGUUAUACGUACAACCUGCUUAUUGAUGGGCUGUGCAAACAAAAGAGAUCACGAGAGGCAAAAUUGAUGUUAGAAGAGAUGUUGAGUGUGGGUUUAAAUCCUGAUCACAUCUCUUACACUGCUUUGGCCAAUGGGUUUAUGAAAGAAGGUAAUGUAGAAGAGGCUUUUAGAGUCAAGAAUGAGAUGGAAGCUCUUAAAAUUAAGUUAAAUCUUGUCACAUAUAAUGCGCUCGUUUAUGGCCUCUGCAGGGUUGGUAAGAUGAGCAAGGCAAUGGAUUUCUUGAAUGAGAUGAUUGUAAAGGGCACAAAACCUGAUAGUCAGACCUAUAAUUUGUUGAUAGAGGGGUAUUGUCGAGAGCAUAAUAUGGUUAAGGCUUAUGAACUACUGGUUGAGAUGAAGAAUAGGAACCUAGCAGCCACAGUGUUUACUUAUGGUGUAAUAAUUAAUGGGCUAUGCCGCAUUGGAGAUCUUCAACAGGCUAAUGAAGUUUUAAAUAACAUGAUUGCUGGUGGUUUGAAGCCAAAUGCUGUUGUCUACACGACUCUCAUUAAAGGUCAUGUUCAAGAAGGUAAAUUUGCUGAGGCAGGAAGGAUUUUAAUGGGGAUGAAGGAGAAAGGGGUUUUUCCUGACACCUUUUGCUUUAAUUCUCUUAUAAUCGGCCUAUGCAAAGUGAAAAAGAUGGAAGAAGCAAGGACCUUUUUUGUUGAAAUGUUGGGCAUGGGAUUAAAGCCAAAUGCAUAUACCUAUGGGGCUUUCAUCCAUGGAUAUGGUAAGGCCGGGGAUAUGCAAAAUGCAGAUAGGUAUUUCAGACAGAUGCUACAUUGUGGUAUAGUGCCAAAUAAUGUUAUUUACACAGCCUUGAUUGAUGGGCAUUGCAAAGAUGGGAAUACAGCGGAAGCUUUUGAAGUAUUUAGAUGUAUGCUUGGGCAAAAAGUGCUUCCAGAUUUGCAGACGUAUAGUGUGAUGAUCAAUGGUCUCUCAAGGAAUGGCAAAAUGCAGGAAGCUAUGAGCAUUCUCUCAGAGCUCCAGAACAAGAGUCUGGUUCCUGAUGUAUUCACUUACAGCUCUCUCAUUUCUGGGUUUUGCAAGCAAGGUAACGUAAAGGAGGCUUUUCAAUUUCUUGAAGAGAUGCGCCAGAAAGGCAUUAAUCCAAACAUUGUUACUUAUAAUGCCCUUAUCAAUGGGUUAUGCAAGUCAGGUGACAUUGAAAGAGCCAGGGAACUUUUUGAUGAAAUCCCAGCAAAUGGAUUUGCCCACAAUGUUGUUACAUAUGCUACAAUUAUAGAUGGCUACUGCAAAUAUGGAAAUUUGAGUGAAGCAUUUCAUUUGUUUGAUGAGAUGCCAUCAAGGGGCGUUCUACCAGACAGUUUUGUCUACAGUGCCCUUGUUGAUGGGUGCUGCAAAGAAGGAAAUAUGGAGAAGGCUCUAUCUUUGUUUCAAGAAAUGGUACAAAAGGGCUUUGCUUCUAUAGGUUCCUUUAAUGCUUUGAUUGAUGGCUUCUGCAAGUCCAGCAGACUGAUUGAAGCGAACAAGUUGUUGGAAGCCAUGGUCAAUAAGGAAGUCAUGCCUAAUCAUAUUACCUACACUAUUCUGAUUGAUCAUCAUUGUAAGGCAGGAAAGAUGGAGGAAGCAGAACAGCUCUUUUCUGAGAUGCAAAACAGCAAUCUGAUGCCAAACAUUUUUACUUACACAUCAAUUCUACAUGGGUACAAGAAAAUGGGGAAAAAGCUUGAAAUGUUUGCUCUUUUUGAGCAGAUGGUGGCAAGGGGGAUUGAGCCAGAUGAAGUAACAUAUGACUUGAUGAUUGAUGCUCACUGCAUAGAAGGGAAUUUGAUAGAAGCAUUUAAGUUGUCAGAUGAAAUGUUGGCCAAAGGUGUGAAGUUGGGUAAAAUUGCAAAUGCACUGAUAGACUUCCUGUGCGAAAAGGAAGAAUUCGCUAAAGUACUGAAGUCAAUUGAUGAAAUGGCAGAGCAAGGGUUUAGUCUUAGUCUCGCCAUGUGCAGCACUCUGAUCCGUAGUUUAUACGAAGCAGGAAAUACAGACAAAGCAGCUGGAAUUCUGAGGAGUGUGGUGAGGUUGGGAUGGGUUCCAGACUCUGCUAGUUUAAGCGACUUAAUCAGUGAACACCAGUUCGAUACAAAUUGUGAUAAUGCUGCCAGUCUUUUAAAGAAUGAAGUGCCAAGAGUAGCUUAUCAGGCACAAGGUUAGAUGUUUAAAGAAGAGAAAUGGGAUUGCUGCUCCAUCUGUAGCUCCAUCAUGUUACUUGUGGAUGAUGGCCCAAACAGGGUGCUAAAAAGUUAACUUACCUAAUGGGUGGAUCAAUCAUGUCAUGUGUGGAUGGUGGCCCAAACAUGGUGCUAAAGUAAAUUUAGCCUAAUGGAGGAAGCCAUAGACCUGGUUCUCACUUUUGCUAAAAGUUGUGGAUUCAACACUUGGAAAAGUGAGUUCUACUUCCUGAUUUUAUGGAGAAACUUGUUCAAAAUGAGUUUUUGUGGAAUAUUUAGCUUAAUACUUAUGCUAACGUAUAGAUUGGACAUAAUUAAUUUGUUGCUCACCGAACCUAAAA